GAAUAUUUAACUUUAGCAAUAACAAUUUAGAAUGGUUUUCCAUCAUUUUUCUACUUUUUUUUUCCCUAUUAUAUAAAUAUAGAACAGACUAAAUUACAAAAUAAGCUAAGAAGCUAUUUACAAACAUUAUCAAUUAAUUAAGGACACAUAAAUAAUUAAAGUUUUCCUACAGUAUUAAGUAUAAAUUUAAAUAGAGGCAUGAAAAAAGCUACAUCAGUUAAUAGAUCCUGAACGCGGCGGGGAACACUUAUAGAAUUUUCUUCAGCGACAUCACUAAUUUCACUGACAAGUGUCAACCUUUGAAUCCCAAACGAUGGGCACUGGAAAAUUAUGUGGUUUAUGUCUGCAUUAUGUUGAGCGCAAUGUGUGCAUUUGUCAUCAGCUACGAUCUUCAUUCUGUACAGAUGUGCAGGGACGAGGCAAUGGCCAAACCGUAGGCGGUUAAUGGUCGUUAUGAACUUUCGGCCUGUGUAUUUAAAGCGGUUGUACCACGGAAUCGUUGGUAAGUCUGGCUGUAAUUCUGCGUACCAUUUUCCCUUAUUCACGGUAGUAAUGUUCCAGUAAUCCUUCCACAGUUUCUUUGACAAGAUUUUAAAGUGUUGAUAAUAAUCUGUGAAGGGGACUUUACAAUCUUGUGUUUGGUCUUCGUGGUGAUCUUGCCGCGUCGCCUGAUCCACUAUCUCAUUUCCGACUAUGCCACUGUGUGAGGGAACCCAUAAGAAUUCUAUACAUUUUCCAAUCGUUUGCAGCUUAUCCUUAAUUUUAUACAAAAUAUAAUUCUGUUUAUAUACUAAAUUACAGUUACAUAAAGCAGAUAAAACACUUUUAGAAUCACUAACUAUCAAGAUAUUUACACUAUUUACAUUGGUAUUUACAUACGACAAAGCAGCUAAUAUAGCCCAACUUUCUGCUGUAAAAAUACUACAAUUACUUGGCAACUUAAUACAUUUAAUAACUUUCAUUUGUGGGUCAUAAAAUGCUGCUUUAACAAGAUCACUCUUGGAGCCAUCAGUAUAUAUAGUGUAAAAGUCUUUCUUUUCAUUUAAAAAUUCUAAGAAUUCAUUCUUAGUACUAACCGAAUUUAAAUGACAUUUUAUAUCAAGAUAAUUAAGUAAUGUAUCAUAUGGGCAUUUGUAAAUAGGCCACUUGUUACUGAUGUACAUAUCUCUUGUCUGAUUCUUUACACAAGUUGUUAUUGUUGUUAUUUCAGGCAAUGUACCCGAAAUAAGAGUAUUAGCCGAGAUGUUGGCUGUUCCAUUUAACUGGGAGACUUCUGCAGGAUAUAAAAUAUUACUCAGGACAAUAUCAUUGUUACAAGACAACUCCUUCAAACAGAAUCUUUCAGCUAACUGCAAACGCCGCAAGGACAAUGGAGGACGCACUUCAUAUACAGAAGGCUUCACAUUUAGAGCGACCACAGUUGGGUAGUGGUAACUGCCCAUCGGGUCGUCAUGGACGUGCCAUUCACAAAGAGGAGCUAAUGCGGAACUAACCAGAGCUAAAUCUAUUGCCGACUGAUUUCUGUUAGGAUACUGGACAGUUGUAGCUGUGUCACCAUCAUUCAGAAUACACAAGUCAAAGUCAUCAAUAAGUGCAUAUAAACUGUUACCUCUAUUAUUAUUUGUCUGACAUCCAAACAGGAUAUGGUGAGCAUUAAAAUCUCCCAUAAUAAGACAUGGCUUAGGAGUUUCAAGUAGCACCUUUUUCAUUUUGCUUGUAGCAGACCUGCUGCUAUUGGGAGGACAAUAUACACAUAGAAUAUGUAACUUACCCAUAGUUGUGUCUACGGAAAUGCAAAUAUUUUGCACAGAUUCGAAAAAAGUUGUAUUUACAAUAGUGUAUUUUAAGUUUUGUUUAAUUAAUAUACCUACUCCGUUAUGUUUAUUUACUGAGUUUUUGUGUAUAAAAUUAUAGGGUGAAAAAUCGGGAAUUGUACUAGUUGUUUUAAGCCAGGUUUCAUUUAAGAGACAGAUAUCUAUAUGUUGUUCCGAAAGAAAUUUUUUAAGUAAGGCCCUUUUGCUCUGUAAGCUCUGUAUGUUAUAUUGUGCUAUAUUCAAAUAUGUAUCCAUUAUGUUAUUAAAUUACUUAAAAGUAUGUCUUUAAUUCUUUUAUUUGUAAUCGGAGCGCUGCUCUUGUCAUUGCCAAGCAUAACUAAUGAUUUGACUAGCGCAUUAAUAAUUAACUCGUUGUUUAGUAUUUGCUCAGCAUUAUAUGAUACUUUAUUUAUGUCAGUAUCAACAGUCUUUACAGGUUUAAGGUUUGGGAAUGCUUUCGGGUCGGGCAUUGCUGGGAUACUCACCACAGUGGCAUACGAUCGGUUUGGUUUUAGAUACUUAUUCUUCUUCUCUUCCAUCUUUUGUUGCUUCACUGGACAGUUCCUAGAGAUGGCCAAGUGAUCACCAUGACAGUUGAUGCACACAAUUUCUUCGACGUCGCAUUCUUUGUAGGAGUGUUGUCCAGAGCACGAAGAACACCUUUGAGAACCUCGGCAGACUUUUGCAGAGUGAUUAAACUUCAGGCAUUUGUAGCACUGUAGUAACGGAGGUAUGUAUAUGUGGACCGGGUAUCUGAACAUCUGUAUGUAGGCGUGCUGCGGCAGCGCUGUUGCAGCGAAGGUCACUGCAAUGGUCCCCAGCGGAGUGAGCUUUCCAUCUACCUUUCGCAUAAAUCUCUUGACGGAGAUGACUUCUGCAUCGCAGGUAAUGCUUUUGUAUAUGUCUUCAUUGCUUAAGUCUUUAGGUACGUAUCUUAUGACUCCAGUAAUUUCAGUGAGGUGCGCCGGCACGAACGCUUUCAAUUUGUGUUUACCUAGAAAGUGUGUCAUGGUAAGGAAGUUAUUGGCCGGUGCUGGUUUUCUGAACGUUAUGCCCACUUUAUAUGCGUUCACUCUGUGGACGCCAGCAAUUCCUUUUACAUUUUCCGUAAAUAACUUUGUAAGUGCUAUUGGAUUUUUGUUACCGAUUUUUUCGUUUUCUUGUGAUUCAACGUAGACUACGCAGUCUACGCUGUGGUUUUCUGGGAAUUGUCGCGUGUAAUUUGUUUUUGUGAAAAUUUUGUAGUCGACGGCAUUUCCUUUGCGAGUAUCAUGCAAUUUCCUUUUCUUUGAUUCUUGCUCGGCGGGGGCCGGGCCCCCGUCGGAAUCUGGACCCAUUGUAUUUACACUAUAUAUAGGUAUGUACUAAUUAACUAUUUACACGGAAAUUUACAAAAAAUAUACAAAAUAAAAAGAAAUGAAAAUUCAGCAAAAAUUAAAACAUCCGCUUAGCUUGACUUCCCGCCGAAAAUCCAGUGACAUUUUGUUUUAACUAGUGUUGCCAUAACAUUAAAUGGAAUUGUUACAUAGUACUAUGAUUGAGAUAAUGUAUUAUUGUAGGAAAUUCUUUUUAAGAGACUUAUUCUCAAUAAUUUCACUUUUAUUUUUAUUAUUACUAAUAGUAUAGUUAUUACUAAUAAUAACUUAAUAUAAAAAUAUUUUGUGUGUUGUGUUGGUAGUCUUACAAAGUGUAUACGAAAAUAGUAUGAAUAUACUAAACAGCAACACUUGAAUAGAGUUAAAUGAUUUAAGUCAUUUGAUAUUCCCAAAAAUGUUUGUUUUUUUCUGUGGCUUUAAUUAAAAUACAUUUUUAUUUGAAAAAUCGUAGAAAAAUAAUAAAACUCAUUUUAUAUAUAACUUAUCUCUAGACGCGAUAAUUUUUUUCAACUAUUUUUCUGCCAUUGCUCUUUAGGAAUUAUGUACAAUUCCUAUGUAUUCUAUAUAAUGACGGAUUUCAUAGAUUUCAUAAUAUUAAAUUAAAAAUUAGUAACACAAUAUAUUCUUUUGGCAGACAAUUUAUUUUUACUUAGUUUUUGUUUCUCAUUAUUCUGAUACUUUAAUAACGUUUACAAUAAUUACGAAUAUUUUUUUUAGAUUUCCUAAAACAGUACUCGGAGAAAUUUGUUGUUAUCCAUUGUACCAUUGAAAAUGAAGUAUUAUGAAAGUGCAAGUAUUUGCAUUUUCAAGAAUCAGAUUAUGAUUCAACAACAAGGUGCUUAAAACCAACAGCAGUUCCUACUGUUAUAAGAAAUCAAGAAACAGUAUCACCACUUUAAUUAUCUAUUUUUCGUAAUAUAUUAUGUAUUUAGAAAUGUAGUAGUUUAAAUAUAUGAUAUAAAGCAACAUUUUGUAAAAUAUGUUAUCAUUUGCAGACAACAAGUGCAUGACAUGAAGAGUCUAUUGUGCAAAUAGCUGUUCUGGCUGUAGCUGUACCAAGCACUAGUUCUGGAAUUAAUGAAAGUAGUUCAGCACUUAAGGAAACAGGAAUGAAAUGUACUGGCUGUAAUAUUGAAGACCAAACUAGUAAAAAACAAUGUCGAAAAAUUCGUGAAAAUUUAUGCAACCUGAACAAGUUACCUGUCAGCAGUGAAUACGACGACGUGCAAGUGAAAAUAAAGUGUACUAAAGAAUAAAUACUUGAGACGAAAACUAAGAUUCUUAAACAAAAAGUGGCGCGUCAAACUAAAAAAAUUCAGGAUAGGUGUUCUUUAAUGGCAACUAAUAAAAAAGAAUACGGGUCAGUCAGAAAUUGAGAAUAUUUAUUCAAGGGUGCUUUGCUGAUAUCUGUAAGGACUUCAAAAAGCCACAGAGUUAUCCACAUGAUGUGUAAAAUUUUAAUAAAUAAUUUUAAUAUGG